GGGGAGGCCCUCGGUUCACGUGAAGCCCAGACAGCGGCGACGGAAGCAGAAGCGAUGAAGCCCAGGCCCGCGAGGUUUGUGGAUAAUAAGCUGAAGCAGCGCGUCACCCAGUACCUCACCAGUGACAGAUGUGGCAAAUAUGUGGACACUGGAGUCUUAGCAUCCGAUUUACAAAGAAUGUACAGUAUAGACUAUGGUCGAAGAAAAAGAAAUGCUUUUAGGAUUCAGGUAGAAAAAGUAUUUAGCAUAAUUAGUAGUGAGAAGGAACUUAAGGAUCUACCGGAAUUAGAAGAUGAACAUCUGGCUAAAAGAGCAAGACACGGUGAAGAGGAUAAUGAGUAUACUGAAAGCUAUUCUGAUGAUGGUUCAAAUAUGGAAGAUUACCCAGAUCCACAAUCAGCAAAUCAGAUGAACAGUUCCCUGCUCUCCUUAUAUCGGAAAGGAAAUCCUGAUUCUGUUUCAAGUACUCCUGAGGUGGAGCAAAGAGAAACCACCAUUUCAACACCACGGAUAACUUCCAAAACAGGCCCCAUUCCUUUGAAGACCCCUGCCAGAGGUUCUGAAGGAGGAUGGUUUAUUGACAAAACCCCGGGUGGGAAGAAAGACAGUUUUUUCUCAGACCUAUCAGAUGAGAAAAGUAAUGAUAAGAAGCCGAUCUCUGAGAUAGAGAAUUCAAAAGAUUCUUCUCUUCUGGAGAGUAAUAAAAAAAGAAAAGGCAGGCUAAACGGCAAAAGAGGCAAAAGGAAGAAAGAAGAUCUUCAGGAAGUAGAUGGAGAAAUAGAGGCUGUCCUGCAAAAGAGAGCUAAAGCCAGGGGACUAGAAUUGCAGAUCUCCAAGGUGAAGUUUGAAGAUGUUGGAGGCAAUGAUACGACAUUAAAAGAGGUCUGCAAGAUGCUCAUACACAUGCGUCACCCAGAGGUGUACCACCACCUGGGCGUCAUACCCCCACGUGGAGUUCUUCUUCAUGGACCACCCGGCUGUGGGAAGACGUUGCUUGCACAUGCAAUUGCUGGGGAACUUGACCUUCCAAUUCUGAAAGUAGCUGCUACAGAGAUUGUAUCUGGAGUAUCUGGAGAAUCAGAACAGAAGCUGAGAGAACUAUUUGAACAAGCUGUGUCAAAUGCACCAUGUAUCUUUUUUAUUGAUGAAAUUGAUGCUAUUACCCCCAAAAGAGAAGUUGCUUCAAAAGAUAUGGAACGAAGAAUCGUAGCCCAGCUCCUAACCUGCAUGGACGAUCUGAAUAACAUGGCCGCUACAGCUCGGGUCCUAGUCAUCGGAGCUACUAACCGACCAGACUCCUUGGACCCUGCUUUGAGACGUGCAGGAAGGUUCGACCGAGAGAUAUGCCUAGGUAUCCCAGAUGAAGCAUCCAGGGAAAGAAUACUUCAAACUUUGUGCAGAAAACUAAGACUUCCCGAAACUUUUCAUUUUCGUCAGUUAGCACACCUAACGCCGGGCUUCGUUGGUGCUGACCUCAUGGCACUCUGCCGAGAGGCGGCCAUGUGUGCGGUCAACAGGGUCUUAAUGAAGCUGCAGGAGCAGCAGAAGAAAAGUCCUGAGAUCGAAGGUUCGCCCUCUGAAGGAGGCCAGGAAGAAAGGAUUGGAACUGAACCCACUUCUGAAACACAGGAUGAAUUGCAAAGGCUCUUGGGGUUGCUAAGGAACCGAGAUCCCCUCUCAGAGGAGCAGCUGCAAGGGCUGUGCCUUGAGUUGAAUGAUUUCAUUGUUGCUCUAUCCUCUGUCCAGCCCUCUGCUAAAAGGGAAGGCUUUGUCACUGUCCCUAAUGUGACAUGGGCAGAUAUUGGUGCCCUGGAAGACAUUAGAGAGGAGCUCACCAUGGCAAUAUUGGCACCAGUACGUAACCCAGGUCAGUUCAAAGCUCUUGGGUUGGUGACUCCAGCUGGAGUCCUCCUUGCUGGUCCCCCUGGCUGUGGGAAAACUCUGCUGGCAAAGGCUGUUGCAAAUGAGUCUGGGUUAAAUUUUAUAUCUGUCAAGGGGCCUGAGUUACUAAAUAUGUAUGUUGGUGAAAGCGAGCGCGCUGUGCGACAGGUUUUUCAGCGAGCCAAGAAUUCAUCACCCUGCGUGAUAUUCUUUGAUGAAGUGGAUGCCUUAUGCCCUCGAAGAUCAGUCCGAGAGACAGGGGCAAGUGUUCGGGUGGUAAAUCAACUACUUACAGAGAUGGAUGGUCUGGAAACACGUCAGCAGGUUUUUAUUAUGGCAGCCACUAACAGACCAGAUAUCAUUGACCCUGCAAUCCUGCGCCCAGGCCGCCUGGACAAAACACUCUUUGUGGGUUUGCCACCCCCAGCAGAUCGUCUCGCCAUCUUAAAAACUAUCACAAAAAAUGGCACCAAACCCCCACUGGAUGCAGAUGUAAAUUUGGAAGCAGUUGCUGGUGACCUUCGCUGUGAUUGCUAUACGGGUGCAGAUCUCUCUGCUUUGGUACGGGAGGCUUCUAUCUGUGCCUUGAGGCAGGAAAUGGCAAGACAGAAGAGUGGAAGUGAAAAAGGUGAACUCAAGGUUAGUCAGAAGCACUUUGAAGAAGCUUUCAAGAAAGUAAAGUCAUCUGUAUCAAAAGAGGAUCAAGCAAUGUAUGAAGCUCUGCAGUGGUCCCUCAGCCGGUGACUUCUCCAGCAGCAGGCCUUCAAGGAGUCCAGUGCAUCGAGCUGCCAGAGAUACCCACGUGCUCUGAGCUAUCCACUUUCAACCUGACACAGAUGUGGUCUCACAUAAGCAUUUUAUCCUCAGAUUAAUGAGGCCAAGUCAGAGCUAAAGAUUCUUCCCAUCUGGCCAACCUUGUACGGAAACACCCUAUACCUCCUGUUUAAGAAAAAGAAAAAAAAUUUUAACUGUCAAAAUAACAGAUACCUUUUUUAAAUAGAAUGUUUAUUUUGAAACAACAUUGACUGUACCACAGGAAAGUUGCAGUCACAAUAGAAAGAACUCCCCCACCCCCCGAACCGUCUGAGAGUAUUUGCCAACCUGAUGCCCCAUCACCCCGAAAUACUUUAAUGUACACUUCCUACACACCAGGAGAUUUCCCUACAUAACCAGCCAUCAACAUCAGGACAUCAGCUGUGAUACUUUGCUGCCAUGUAAUCCUCAGGCUCCAUUCAGGUUUCUCCAGUUGUCCCAAUAAUGUCCUUUAUAACAAAGGGAUCUAGUUUAGAAUUAGCUAUUGCAACCGGUUGCCGUUUCUCUUUAGUUUCCUUAAAGUCUGGAACAGCUCCUGUCUUGACUUUUGACACUUUUGAAGGUUACAGCCCAGUUACUUUGUAAAAUGCCCUCAAUCUGGAUUUGUCUGAUGUUUCCUCGUGAUUAGACACAGGUUGUGCAUCUUUGGCAGGAAUAUCAUGAGGCGAUGCUCUUCUCACUGCAUCGUGUCAGGUGAUGUGCAGUUUCGAUUUGCCCCAAUACUGGUGAUGUUCACUUUGGUCACUUAAUUAAGGUGGUUCUGCCAAGCUUCUUACACUGUGAAGUUACUCUUUUCCUUUGUAAUUCAUACGUGUGUUGUGUGGAGGUCCUUGGAAACUAUGUAAAUAUCCCAUUCCUCGUCAAACUCAGGUAUUACUAUUUCUGCAGUGUGUUAUCCGUUACUCUCAUUAUAUGAUGUUCAGAUUGUCCCAGAUUCAGCCAGUUGGGAGCCCCUUCACACUGUCCUCCGUGCGCCUUUCACAAGUCUCUAGCUGAUACUUUCGGGAGGGUUUAAUUUGUCGUGUUUCAUCUCUUUCCUUGUUUACAGUGCUGCUCACGGUGUAUUCUUAGGUUGUAUAGAUGGCUUUGGUUACCUACUUUUUUUCCUUCCAAAAUUUCUACUCCACCUCAGUCUAUAAAAAUGUUUAUGCUACUUUUAAGAAUGUAAUUGAUAAGAUGGAGAAAAUAUUAAUAGAUGAAAGCAAGUCAGGUAAGUAAGACACAGUCCUUUUUUUCAAGGAGUUCACAGAUGGAUACAGACAUCUAAACAGAAUAUCACAAUGCCCAAGGAAGGGGCAUAGAAAGGAGGGUGCUGUAGGACCCCAGAGGAAGGAAGACCGAAAGAAAAAGCAAAUCAGGAUCAUGUCCUAGGCAUAGAUGAUUAGGAAUGAAAGUUAAAUUAGAAGUGUGGGCCAGAAGGUCUUAAACAGUUAUUAAAUUUGAGUAGUAGAUUUGAUUGUGCUUGAUAUCAGCCAAAUCAAAAGAGAAACACGGGGAGUUCCUUGGUGGCCUCGUGGUUAGGAUUCCGGGCUUUCACUGCCAUGGCUCGGGUUCAGUCCCUGGUUAGGGAACUGAGAUCCCGCAAGCCACAUGGUCAAAAAAGAGAGACACAGUCUGGUAUAUCAUAUAUGUAGGUUAUGAGGGAAAGCAAAGAUUUUCUUGACGAUUGAAUUUUCUUGACAAUUUCUAGACAAUUAGGUCUACGUACCGAACUUUCUGGUAGUUUAGCUUAGCCUAAACAUAAAAUGUUGACCGCAUCAGAGAUCAAGUAGACUGCAUGUCCAUCAGCUUUGCAAAUCAGCUGCUAUGUAGGUUGGACAGCAGGCAGUUAUUGGGCAGAAAGCUAACCAGCUAAUGUCACAGUGGGUAUUGCCAGCCCUUCUCCAUAAGGAAAGGUAACAUGUUCUAAGUACCAUCUGUGUGCUAGACACUCAUAUGUUCUCUUUAAUCCUCCCAACUCUUAUUCCCCAUACAAUGGGGAUCGGAUGGCAUCCCCAUUAAAAAGAAUAAGGUUCAGAGCUUGUUCAAAGUCACCUGUGUAUGUACAUGCGUAAGAAGAGUCUGAAUUGUGGUCUACAGCUGUCCAGCUUUUCUUUCUCUUGUGAACAACGUCCAGUCCUGUGUUGAGAAACAUCUGGAGUUGUAUCCUCUGUUCUAGCAUCCUGAAAGAUGAGGCAAUUUCAUUAAGUGCUUUGUGCUGAGCACUGAUAACAUAAUGGUGAACAAACUCAGAACUUAUUGCCUAAUUUGGCCUAGUUUGUUGCCUAGUUUCUGCCUAAUUUGUUAGCAAAUAUAGCUGAUUGUCCCAUAAUAUCCAUUCGUCCCUUCUUCCUUUUAGUAGGAGAGUGAUUAAGUUCUGGCUAGUGUAAUAUGAACUCAGGUGAUGAGUGCAGCUUCUGGUCACAUCCUUAAAAAGAAGCAGCAGCUUGGAGACUUGGCAGUCCGGUGGUUAGGACUCCGCACUUCCAUUGCAGGGGGCAUGGGUUCAAUCCCUGGUCGCAGAACUAAGAUACCGCGUGCUGCCCAGCGAGGGCCACGCCCCCCCCCCCAAAAAAAGAAGCAGCUUGGAAUGCGAACCCUUCGUUAACUGGGGGCAGCCUGCCUUGAACUCAUGCAUCUUAGCCCAUAGGCAGACUCUGGGAAUGUCCUCAGAAACCACAACUGGUUUAAAAAAGAGGAAAACUCUGCUUGCUCUCCUAAUUCCACUUUUCCUUUUCCAGGGCUAGAAUGUGAUGAAGUGAUGAUGAACCAGCUUUGACCAUGUAAAUGGAGACAUUCUAGGGGGUGACAGAGCAAUAAGACAUAAAAAACCAAGGUCCCUGGGCACUUGUGGAGCAGUUUUCUCACUGCUCAGACACAGUUGGCCUAGACUUUUAUGUGUGACCUUUAUCGUGCUUAAGCAAUUAUAUUUUGAUCUCUGUUAAAGCAGCCAAAUUAAUGUCCUAAUUAAUAACAGUGAAACAAGUCAAGAGGCAGUUGCAAAACAGCCUGAGAAUGACUGUGAAGGGAUAAGAAUAGAUGCCAUUCAUUAGGAGGAGCACAGAGGAAGGGCAGUGGGGUCCAGGGAAAGUUCUCCAGAGAAAAUGAUGUCUCAGCUGAGUCCUGAAGGCUGAGAAGGAAAUGCAGGAAGGGAAUACAUGAGCUAACUGACAAUAGAGACCUGCAGAUGGGAGAGGGGCUGGUGUCUGAGAAACUAAGGACAGGUGUGCUCUCACAUUCAUCCACAGGAUAUUGCUGAAAACACAUCAAAGUUGUGUUUACAGGAGGAUCUUAUUUCCAAAAGCUAAAAUAGUUAGAAAGCACCUAGUUACCUGUUAGGCGCAAUCUUUAGUCAUUGUUAAUAUCUCUCACUGUUCAAUAGUUCUCACUGCCUGAACUCAGGAACUGAAUGGAUUUGGAUACAUUUUUGCACUGCUCACAUCCCAAAGCUGAGAGGCCAGAUAGAUUUGGGAUAAAAAUGGAAUCCCACAUCAUUCAGAGGCUACCCUUAACUCCAUUGCUUUAGGUCCAUGAGACCUAUGCUUAUCACUGAUAUCAGCAUUUUUAAUUUUCAACUUAUUUUUACAAAAUAAGGACAAACAAAAAUAUUCAGUUAAAUGUGCAGGCAUUAUAGUUGUCUGACUUGGGGUGUCCUGCUAAGUUUCAUGAGGAAGGGAUCCUGUCAGUCUUGUUUCCUUAGCAUCCAGCCCAGUGCCUGCAUUACAGGAAGCAUUUAAUAAAUGUUAAAUGAAUUACCUUUCUUAGACAACAAGACUGUCAAAAUUAGACUGCUGGCUGUGCCCAGCCCCUCCCUCCAUGUGAGAACUAACAUGUUGAUUCAUUGGGUAGUAGAAAUCUCACUUUGUCAUAUGAGAAAAGAUAAAGGGGCAUGUGAAUAGCCUAUAACCCAGCAGUUCCACUCUGACAUAUGUAUCCAACAGAAGUGCAUACACCAAAAUAGCAAAAUUCAUAAUUGACCAAAAAUGGAAACAACCUAAAUAUCCAUCAACAGUAGAAUGGAUAAACAUGGUGUUUUCAUGCACUAGAAUACUACACAGCAAUGAUGAACUAUAUGCAACAACACAGGUGAUUCUCACAGAUAUUGAGGGGAAGAAGCCAGUCUUGAAAUCAUCCUGUGCGAUUCUACUUAUUAAUGUAUAAAAUUCAAAAAGGCAACUGAUCGAUACUAUUAGAAGUCAGGUUGAUGGUUACUAUUGGAGGGCAGUGCCUGGAAGGAGCACCAAGUGGGGCGGCCUCUGGGAUGCUGGCCACGCCCUCCUUGAUCUGGUGGUGGCUUCAUGCAUGUGUUUUCUUACUGAUAAUUCAUUGCACCGUGUGCUUAUCAUAGCUCUUUUCUAUAAGUAUGUUCACUUCAGUUAAAAAGUUUUUUUAGGGCUUCCCUGGUGGCACAGUGGUUAAGAACCUGCCUGCCAACGCAGGGGACACAGGUUCGAGCCCUGGUCUGGGAAGAUCCCACAUGCCGCGGAGCAGCUAAGCCCGUGAGCCACAACUACUGAGCCCACGUGCCAUAACUGCUGAAGCCCACGUGCCUAGAGCCCGGGCUGCGCAACGAGAGAAGCCACCGCAACAAGAAGCCUGCACACCGCAACCAAGAGUAGCCCCCGCUCGCUGCAACUAGAGAAAGCCCACACGCAGCAACAAAGACCCAACGCAGCCAAAAAUAAAUAAGUAAAAAUAAAUAAAAUAAAUUUAUUUUAAAAAAAGGUUUUUUAAAAACUUAUGAAAAUUUUUUCUGUAAUUCAUGAUUCUUCAUCUGAUUUUAUUUAUAAUAAACAUUUCAAAAAUUUAAAACAAUAGGAGUAUCAAUAUUGAAAACGUGGGUCACUUAAAAGUAAAGAGGUGCAUAGAGCCCAGUAUACUUGAGGAUAAGCCAGCCACUCUUCUCUUUCUUUUUCCCCUAAAACACCAGGCGUUUUGCUCAUGCUGUCCUCCCGUCUGGUCAGUGGUGAGAAAAUAAGGUUGAAGAGGUGAGUGGGAGCGGAAUUUUGUUAUUUAAAUUAGCCCAACACUAAUAUCAUUCUCUCUUCCUGGGAAAAUAUGAGCUUCAAAGAUGCCUGCAGCCAUCGAGGUUGUCUGGACCAAUGCUGCCUUCUGGAAUGUUUCCUUAGAUGGCAUGUUGGCCAUGCAAUCUGGUUCCACUGCCAGGUAGGCCUUGCCCCUGAGAGGGGGAGGGAGGGAGGAACUCAGCAAAGUGUGUUCCAAAGAACUCUUUCUUAGGUGUGGAGAUAAGCAGUCCACGUUACAUCACAGCCAAGGACGUUCUAUUUUCCAAGACCACACACAGUAAGUCUCAGGAGGGAGAAACUCGACAGCGCCUUAGCUUCCCUCCCCUCUAUCUGAACACCUGCUCUGUCUCCCACAGUCCUCAUCACCCAAGCUGGGAAGGUGGAAGGCAUCUUCAGUUCUUCUGAUCAGUGAUCAGGCACUUAUUAUUUAGAUGUAUUUAUUCUCACAGACACUGAGCUAGCUCAAGCUGUCAUCACCUUUCAUAUGUUUACUUUGGCCUCCUAUCUAAUCUCCUAUUCCAAUCUCUUAUACAAUAAAACCAGGGUUGCCUUCAAAAGAUACUAAUUAAUCACGUCACUUCUCAGCUCAGCAUCCUCCUGUGGCCUAAACACAUUGGUCUAAUUAUGCAUGGGCCUUUGUAAUCUGACAUCAAUCCACCUUUGGCACCUGUCCUGCCCCCUCUCCCCUGACUGGGUAUAUUGCCAUUCCAGUGGAACACCAUGUUCUUUCACAUCUCAGCCCUGGCUCACGGUGUUCCCAUUACCCACCUCCUCCCUCCACCCAAACACAAGACCCACUUCUGGGCUUGAAAUACCCAUCGUGAGAAGCCUUGCCCAAGCCCUCCCUCCACUUUCUGCUCAGACUGUGCUGACCUGGACUGUGGCCGUUAAACACUCUCUGCUUAAGUACUAGAUUCUCAAUGGCAGAGUCCUUAAUUCAUUUUUGCAUUAUAGCACUUGACACAUAAUAAGAACAAAGUAACUUUUUCAUAGCACAAUUGAAUCGCUUUGCUCUAUGGCACAAAGCACAGCUAACAUAGGGGAGAUUUGCUGGAGAUUUUGUGUUGUUUCCACCCCAGGAAUCUGCCAAACUGGAACUUCGCAGCUCAUGGCUCUCUGAAGAGAAAUCAGCAAAGCUUUGGAGGUGGGGCUUCCUCAGGCAUUUAGUUAUUGCUGAUCAGAAGUCCUUUUAGCAAUACUUCUCCGUGGCUAAGGAGCCCCUGAAUGUGCUCAAGGCAUUCAAAAGAAACUGGUUCUAAGAGCUUGGCCCACACAAGCAUUCUCUCUCUAAAGCAGAAAGUUUUAAAGAGGAGAUAAUAUAUAUUUAUUACAACCGAAAUUCUAAUUACCAUCUUUGCACAGACAGGAAAACCUGCUCUUCUACUCUGGCUAACUGUGAGUGAGCCUGGUAAAUAGACAAUGGGUCUUCCUUACUCCAGGAGGUUUUGCUAGCUUGAACUUUCUCAAAACUAAUAAUGCAGAAAGCUAAAUGAGUUUCACAAUAAUCGAGGUCUUUAGAAGUGGAGAUACCGGGUGACGGAAACAGCUUAAUAUAGGGAACUGUAGAAGCCCUGUUUUGCAGCGUGUGUAUAAGGAAGUCUGUUUUUCAAAUAAAAAAGCCCUAUCUGAAAAGGGGUCAAAAACAAAUUAAUUAAUUCAACAAAUACUUUUUGAGCAUCUACUUCAUAUCUGCUUUUUUCCAGCUGCCUCCUUUAUUACUCUCAGCUCACUUAGAACUUGGAUGUUGAAGCAGCAUUCAGAUUCUCUGACCCUUUAUUGCCAAACUCAGUUUGUAGUCCAGCUUAGAUUCAUUUAUUAAAAAUGACAUUAUUUGUGCCACUUUAAUUUUGCACCUUGCACAGCACAGGUUUGGAGCAUCUGUGCCUUGACACACAAAAUGUCACAGGCUUUGUUAUUAUUGCUGGUGGCAUGGGAUGGGGGAAGAAGAGGAAGGUGGACUUACAAACUGUAUCUUUACUAAUACAUUAAAACUGAGACAUAUAGUAUCUUCACUUUAUAUUUGAGAAAACUGAGGCUCAGAGAAGUUGAACAACUUGUCUUGCCACACAGCUAAUAAGUGGCAUCUGGAAAUUCAAACCCGAGACUGUCUUAACUCUAAAGACUUUGUCCUUCUCCUACAUCCUACUGGCUUUGGGGGCAGGAGAUGGACUUCUGUGUCAUGUCCCCUGGGGAACUACCAAAAUGCCUUCUAAAUCAUUAACUAGUGUGAGUUGUAAUAAUAAUAAUCUUUAUUAAAUAGUGAAUGACAUUUUUUUCUUUGAACUCAAGCAACUAGUAUCAGAAACCUCUCUACACAGUUGCCACUCAGUAAACUCUGAUGUUCUGACAGACAAGACUUUAUUUAUUUAUUUAUUUAUUUAUUUAUUUUUGAUCGCACCACAUGGCAUGCAGAACUUCCCUGACCAGGGAACGAACCCGCGCCCCCUGCAGUGGAAGCUCAGAGUCUUAACCACUGAACCACCAGGGAAAGUCCUGUCCAUGUAUAUUUUAAAUAGUGAUUUUUAAAUGGAUAGGGUGGAGGCAAAGAAAUAGCUAUCGUAUUGCCCAGCCUCGGAAGUAAAAGAUUUAAGAAAAUGGGCAAAUGUUUAACUCUAGGAACGUUAGAGUAUGCUCACAUCCCUCCUUAGGCAUAAUCAGAAGCCAGUGUUUGCAUUGUGCUUUUCAAAUGCUUUUGAAUCCUAGAGAACAAUGGGUAUUUCUCCACAUCGCAGGGGAUCUCGGGUUAUCCAGCAGCAUUAGCAUGUGUUUUAUCUUGCAAAAUAUUACCUACAGUUUACUUUUAGUCUCCUUCUCAAGACUAUUGAAUCGUAAUGCUACAAAAGGCCUUUGAAUCCUCUGUCAGAAUUUCUCAACUCUGGAUGACACAAGAAUCAACUGAGGCUCUUAAAAAUAUGCU